CUGAAAUCCGAUUGCAGGCGGCUACACCAAUACUUGGCCUUUGUUCCCACUCUCCUUCCUGCUCUAACUGUCCCUGGUUGUGUUUGACUUUCGCAGUGGUGAGCUUCUCAUACGCCUCUCGUUUUUUGUUUUUUUGUUUCGCCCACAUUUCACUGACGUCCCUCUGACUUACAGAGAGGGAAAGAUAUUCGGGUGAGAGUAUAAAAAGAGAGACCACAGCAAAUAACAGAGAAAAAAAGGUAAAGCCAUGUGUUGUACGGGGAAGUGUGCCCGCCUGGUGGGCCUGAUCCUGCUGCCUUCAGCGUUCAUCUGCAUGAUCUCCAACCUGCUACUGUUCUUCCCCAACGGGCAGAGACUGGAAAAUGACCAGAUCUCCCUCCAGGUCUGGCUCAUGGGGGGGCUCAUCGGAGGAGGCCUCUUUAUGUUGUGUCCUAGCUGUUCGGCUAUCAGGGCCGGGGGCAAGGGUUGCUGCGGAACAGGUUGCUGUGGCAACAGGUGCCGGAUGCUGAACUCUGUGUUCUCCUCUGCUUUUGGUGUGGUGGGAGCGAUCUACUGCACCAGUGUGGCCUCAGCAGGUCUGGCUAUUGGACCCAUGUGCCAGGUGGCCAGUGGCAAAUGGGAAUACCCCUUUGAAAACCUCGGCACGGGUAAUGGCAGCUACCUUGUAAACCAGACCAUGUGGACAACCUGUGAGUACCCUAAAAAUGCAGUGAUGUGGCACGUUGUCCUGUUCUCCAUCCUGCUGGCCAUGGGAGUGGUGCAGCUGGUGCUCUGCGGCAUCCAGGUGGUCAACGGCUGCUUGGGAUGCAUCUGUGGUGACUGUCGCGACAGCAAAGACGAUGAUGGUGGACUGUAAAAGUAAAGAAGAUCCCAGUUGUGACGCACCUUCACAAUGGUCCAGGAGAUAUUUCAUUUGUUUCCCAUGGUUCAUAUUCAGGGACAUCUCUCUAUAUGUUCGAGUUUUCAAUUGGUCCGCUUUGAUGCUUUUGUUUCACACCAAGUCUGUGUCUGUGAUGGCUUUUUUAAAAAUAUCAAAACCUUCCUCCAUUAUUGUAUGAAUUUUAUUCCAGCUGAUGGUUUAUGUGUAUUGCCUGCCUUAAUUUUAGUUGAACUCAACACAUUAAAAUAAUUACUGAAUUAAUAAGUAAUUUCGACUGAAGAACGUUAGCUAAGCUGUGGGUUAGCAAACUGUUGCUACAGUUGCUGUUGCGAAGCUAUCAUGCAGAGAGGACGAGACGGUCCCAGAGCCAGCACAGCAGCUCCAGACAGCGAUACUCACAACUGUCCUGCUACUACAGCUAAAAUCACAACAACACCAUGUCUUGACAAACUAAAAAAUAAGCUGAAUGUUUGUGGGCAAGUCAUUUAACGUUAACUGACAUACAAAUCAUGGCUAGAAUAGUGUUGUGUGGCGGGGUGCGGGCCACUUUGCUUGUUUCCCAUUAAUAGAGGCAGGGUUGUGUACAAACACCAGGUUGUUUUUCAGUGUACACAAAGAACAGCUUCGCUGAAUUUGACAAAAAUACAAGAAUUGGAUUAGAAAAGCACACCCCACCUUUAAGCGUAAUUGUAAAUAAUUAUUUGUGUUUAUGUGCUUCUACUUGUGUACUGUUUACGAGGUGAUUAAUUUAAACAAUAUUAAACAUUAUUUACUAUUUA